AUGCCGCCCCCCGCCGCGCUGCUGCUGUUGGCGCUGCUGCUGCCGCCGCCGCCGCCCGCCCGCGCCGCCGAGAGCGAAACCGAAAGCGGCGCCCGGGGGCUGCGGCUGGAGACGCUCGUGCCCCCCCCCGAGGGCUGCACGGAGCUGUCGGCGCCGGGGGACACGGUGCACAUCCACUACACGGGCAGCCUGGAAGAUGGCCGGAUCAUCGACACCUCACUGAGCCGGGACCCGCUCCAGGUGGAGCUGGGCAAGCGCCAAGUCAUCCCCGGCCUGGAGCAGAGUCUGCUGGACAUGUGUGUGGGGGAGAAGCGGAGAGCCAUCAUCCCCCCUCACCUGGCCUACGGCAAGCGGGGCUCCCCUCCCACCAUCCCAGGCGACGCGGUGCUGCGGUUCGAGGUGGAGCUGGUCGGUUUGUCCCGGGCCAGUUACUGGCAGAAGGUGGUGAACGAGGUGCUGCCGCUGCUGUGCCUGGGGCUGGUGCCGGCGCUGCUAGGGCUCAUCGGGUACCACCUCUACCGCAAGGCCAGCAGCCCCAAGCUCUCCAAGAAGAAGCUGAAGGAGGAGAAGAGGAACAAAGCCAAAAAGAAAUAA